AUGGCCCGAUCCAUCGUCUGCAAAGUAACUCCAGUUGCGUCGGCUCGUCGUGACAUUUCUUGGUGUUUUCAACCUAUUUUUGUUUGGCUGCGAAUUUUGGGAAUUGAUCUUAAUCCCAGAAAUCGGAAAGCCAUUAGUAUUUAUGGUUUUUUAAUGUUAUUGGUGGGUACCUGGGCCCAGUUUGAAAACACUUCCGUUAUAUUCUGGAAGCUAUCUUUGCCUCAGAAUGACACACACGCGCUUAACAUUUCAACUUCUAAUACGAACAACUGGAAUAUUGAAGUAGACUUCGCCAAUCACUUUUGUCUGAUAGUCUUUGUUUCGCCCACUGUCUUCUACGUUGCCCGUAACCAAUGGCAACUCUUGUGGAACCUUAUUGUAAAUUUCGAUUCCACCUAUUGCCAACUUGAUCACAAUCAGCUGCGUAAAAAAUUAUCUAUCGGCGUUGUGACUUUACUCUUGGAAAUUAGUUCAACACUCUACGCCCUGUUAGUGAUCCUUCCGGACUUUAAGCAAGAAUCCAGUUUGCGAAAAUUUGUAACUGUGUUUGCUUUCUUUGCCAAGAUAUUGCCAAUCAGUUCGCUGGUUUGGUAUUGCUACGUGGCUUGGCUCAGUUCUUUGUUUUACGAAGCAAUUCAACGAGACAUUGAUCGUACCUGCGAAGUAAAAAAAGAAGAGCUCCGACGAUGGAAGUGCAGUUUAGUUCUUGCCGGAGAAGUAGUGAAUGGAAUUAAUGAAUGUUUCGGAUUGAUCCUGUUAAUAUCUGUCACACAUUUUGUAGUUGAUUUUAUUGUUCAUUCUUUUUACCUUAUCAACAACGUCUCAAUCACUAGCCGGUUUAGAAUGGGAAUCGCCCUAGCCAACAUGUUGAGAAAACUAACAAUGUUCUGGUUCGUCACUUGCAUUCCAACUGAAAUUCUCCAUAAGGCAUCCAGCGUAGCUAAUUCGCUUCGCAAAAUCAACUGUCUUGGAAUGGAUCUUCGAAAUCAAGUCUCCUUUUUAGCCCUGGAUAUAUUGCAAUCUUUGCCGCGAAUAUCAGCUCUCGGCUACUUUGACAUUAAUUUUGAAUUACUACCAAAGAUGAUAGGAACUACCUUAACAUACGUGAUCAUACUCUAUCAGUUUCAUUCGUCAGAGGAAUCUGAUGUUAACCAGUCGACUUAGUGAACCACAUCAUUUUACUUGGGUUUUGUUCUCUACAACUAACAAAAAAUUAUCCUGGUGUAGUUGAAAUGAGCACUGUAUUUGUUCUUUUUGUUAACCCUUGAUGUCAAGUAGUCAGAAUCUUCACAGUCAUGUAGUCUAAACGCUUUAUACGCAAGGAAUCAUCAAUCUGUAAACAUGAUGUCACCAGAAGAAAAACAAUUGCACCAAAUGUA